AUGUCACAAACACCAACAGCCAGGCCGUCACCGGCGGGAUCCCCGGCCCCGCGCCCACCAAUCAACCUCGAGGGCAUCUACAUGAACAUACCGGUCCUGAUCGCGCGCGUCCGCAACAACCUCCUCGUCGCAAACCAGAUCCCUCCAUUGCGCAACCUCAUUGCCAACCAUGCAAAGGAGAUUAUCAUCUUCCACGCGCGUCUCGGUCGUGGUAACCCAAUCAUCAACCUCCCCGAUGUCCUCAACCCGACAAAGAAGGUCGGCAACUCGGAAGCCAUCACGACCGAGCAAGCCUUCCUUGCCAGUGUUCAGGCUGGUAUUGCCGCGGCGCGUAAUACAAAGCCAGAUCCAGUCCUCAUUGCCAACAUGCAAGCCAAGACGGCCGCGGCUCGUGCUUCUCCUGCGGCGCAGGCAGCGGCCAACGCGGCAAAGGCCAACCAGGCAGCUGCAGGAACGGCAUCCACACCCGGAUCGGCUCCUGGUACUCCGAGCCCCGCCCCUGUUGGCCAGCCAGGUCAGGCGCAGACUCCACAGCAGGCUGCUGCAGCGGCGCAGGCGGCGGCGGCGGCGCGUGCAGCGGCUCCUCAGCAGCCCCCGCCGCAACAACCGCCCAUGAGCAUCGCGCAAGUCAAGGAGCUCAUGGCUUUGCCGACCGAACAGCGCAACGCCAAGCUCGAGGCGGAUGCUGCGUUGAGGCAACGCUUCGUCGCGUCAUGCCAGUUCUACCAGCGCCGCACUCAGCAAGUGCGUACCCAGCAACAGCCGCCCCCAGCAGCCGCCAACGUCAACGCUCCCAAGCCGCAGCCACCCCCACCCGCACAGCCCGUCUCGACCCCGACUCCUCCCACUGGCACGGCGUCCCCGGCGACUCAAACUCCAGCCCCACAGCCCGCCGGAGCUCCUCAACAGCCCCCACCGGGCCCACAACAGCCUCAGCAGCCACAGCAGCAGCAACCUCCCCAGCCCCAGCAGGUUCAGACACCAACCACUCCCGCUGUUGUGAUCCCUCCACGACCCGUGUCUCCCCCACCCCCACCUCCUCCUCCACCCGAGCCUGAACCGGUCCGCAGGAAGCGCAAGUUGCGCGAGUACGCCCGCGAGCAGGCACCGGGUCUGGACCUCGAGCUUGGCAUCGAUGAUCUCUUCUCCGAAGUCCUCGACAAGCUGGUAGACACGGUCGCAAGGGACAGUGUGCGACUUGCUGCUCACCGCAGCUCGCCCCGCGUCGAGCUCAAGGACAUGGCGUUCGUCCUCGAGCACUAUCACGACAUUGUGGUGCCCGGUUUCAGCGCCCACGUCCCUAAAAAAGUGCACAACGAGAGCGAGGCGGACCGCAAAAAGGGACGCGCUGUCAUGCGUCGCGCGGCUGGAAAGCGUGAUGACGAGUGA